GAUCUCUAACAAUUUCCCAUUCUUCUUUUCUACAUUUGCCUUUCACAUCUCUCAUUCACAUUCGUCUGCCAUACUUCUUAUAGAAUAGCAAUCCUUUCGAAUCUCGAACAUUCUCACCUAACAAUUAUCUCAAACACCUUCUUCACACACGCAAACAUGAGCUCCCUCAAGGCCACAUACAAGGUUCGCAACUCGAAAGUUGACUUCUCGCCAGAGAAAAGCGAGUCUAAAUUCAGUAUCAAAUCAAAGAAAAUCAUGUCGAAGAUCAGCCCCUCAAAAUUGUUAUCAAAAAUCAAGUCAUCUGUAAAGAGGAAAAGGAGACUUUUUGGACCAAGGAUCUGGAUGCACAACUGGAAAGAUAAUAUUCCUGUCAUAUCGGCUUCCAAGGAGUUUUAUGGACUUCCACUCGAUGUUGCCAUACUGUUGUGGACUUAUGUCAUUGAAAACGACGAGAAGCAAGAUUAUCAUAUUCAACCGAGUCUUGUGGAUAAUGUAUAUCAUUAUGACUCAAGUAAAGACAAAUCAGAUGAAGGAGUUAAGGUUAAGAUUUCCGGAGCUCAUACUCUGCUGCGAGUCAAUAGCCUCUCUCGUUUGCUUGCACUAAAGAAGUUUUCCGGAACCCUUCCUAUUUUCAAUGUGCAAUUUGAUCAUUACGGAAUCCUUCGUUUUGAUCCAAAAAGAGACUUUAUUCACAUUCACGAUUUCCACUACCUCGCUUCCCAAAUGACCCUAACCUUAUCAAAGCGUUACAUGCUCAAUGUUGAGUGGGAACAUUUUGGUGAGAGCACUGCCAGGGAAAUGUUGAGAUCUUAUCCAAAUUUAAAUUAUGUCAGAGAUCUCGAGUGGAUGGAACGGCGAACGGAAUGUAUUUCCUCCCCUGAACAACGCAAAAGGAUUUUAGAAGCCCUAAAAAUUGCUGGAAUCGGGGACCAAAUAUAUAGAAAUCACCAAUUGCCUGGCUGGACGUGGAAUCGUUCGAAAUCGAUACAGAAUCUUGUCAUUGACUACACCUCUCUAUGCACAUCUAUGAUGGUCAUCCACCUCUUUAUGAAGGAUUUACAGAGAAUGAGCGACAUUCCGAUGCCUCAAUUUACAGCUGAAUUUGGACCUGUAUCAACCUUCUUCAAUUUUUUGCGCAGGUUUGAUAAUGUCCAAAAUCUUCGUAUUGGAGACGAUGAAUGGCACAAACUUUCUGACGAAAAGCUUUUCAAUGAGAUGCUGAAGGGCGAAAGAACUCUGCUUGGCUUAUAA